AUGGUCAGCCUCUGGUGGGCCACAUGGCUCAAUGUCUUCUACUGUGUGAAGGUGACCAACUUUACUCAUCCUCUUUUUGCAUGGCUAAAGCUAAGAAUUGGGAUGUUGAUGCCCAGGAUCCUUGGAAUAUCUCUCCUAGCUUUCAUAAUUUGCACCUACAUUUUUCCUCCAAACCUGACGUCUGUGAAAGAUGAUCUCACACAAAACCUACCAGAGAACAUGAAUCAGAGUGAGGUUCAAGAGAAAUACGAAUUUUCAUCAUUCCAACUUGCUUUCAAUACCAUCAGUUUCGGCAUAUGUGUCUCUGCAUCAGUUCUUUUGCUCUACUCUCUGUGGAGGCACACAAGGAAUCUGAAGAAGACUGGCCUCAGCACCAAGGACAUCAGUACUCAGGCCCACCUCAGGGUCAUGAAGCCUUUGCUUCUCUUGCUUUUCUUCUACGUUUUACAUUUUGCUGCCAUGAUCAUCGUCUUCACUAGUAUUAUCCCUUAUGGCAAACUUGAGCGGCUGAUUACUGACAUGGUCCUACUUUUGUAUCCUGCUGCACACUCCAUCAUCUUGAUAUUCACCAAUCCCAAACUGAACAAAGCAUACAUCCAUGCUAUUCACAUCAGAAGAAGUGCUUCCUAA